AUGCCACCCAAUAAUCCAAAUUUUACCGGUCAAAUACCACAUAAUAAUCAAGUGCCAGCUAAUAUUCCUGCUCAGAAUUUUACUAGACAAAAUGUCACUCAAAAUCCAAUGCCAAUUCAUAACCUUCCUGGUAAAAAUCAUUUAUCUCAACAACAACCAGUUGUUGUUAAUAACCUUGGUCAAAAUCUUAACCAGCAACCAUUUACUGGCAAUUAUAAUCAACCACGAGGUUAUCCACAAACAAAUCAAAAUCACAUCGCUCUAAAAUCUGCUCCAGUUAUACCUAUAGUGAAUCAACGAUCCAUUCCCCCUAAACCGGCUGCACUAAGUGGAGGUCAACAAAUCAACCACGGAAAUAGUAUACAAUACCUUAACACUAACCCUAACCCAAUUCCAAGUAAUAUAAACAAUAUUGGUCCAGGUCCAGGUGGAAAUCCAACUGUAAAUGUACAAGGAAAUCCACAAAGUCGACAAAAUACAUAUACUCAUACUCAACCUAUCCAUUCAAAUAUGCCUCAAAACUUUCAACCUCCAAACGGUGUUAAUUUAGGUCCUAGUGGACAAAACGCAACAGGUUUUAUACAACAAAAUCACAAUAUUGUUCCAAAUUCUGGUAUGCAGACUCCUGGUGCUGCUCCAAAUUCUGGUAGGCAAACUCCCGUUACUCUAAAUUCUGGUGGUGGAAAACCUCCAAAUUCUGGUGGGCAACCUCCAAACUCUGGUGGGCAACCUCCAAAUUCUGGUGGGCAACCUCCUAAUACUACUCCAAUACAAACGCCUAAUGCUCCAAAUUCUGGUAGUAAACAAUUCCCCUUUCCUAAUGGCAAUAGUGCCUAUCUCACUAGCGUUAUAAAUAUAAAGUGCCCAAUGAUACAACAAUGUAUUGAGGUUAAGGAAAGAUAUAAAAAAGAAUUUGGAACUGUGUUGGGUUAUGAAGAUACUGAAGAAUGCCAUACCGGCUAUCACGCUGGAUUUGGUGACGUUGUAGGAUUACGUCAUCAUUUUUACUAUGGUGCGAAAGUUAAUGGAGACUCUCUUUUUACAAACACGAGAGAAAAUCUUGUAAUAAUCGCUGCAAGAUAUUGUAGUAGAAGGAAAUUGAUUGAGAUAUUUAAACUUUUGAAAGAAUAUAACGCAAAUUUCAAACGUGUUUCAAAUAGCACUGGAAAAACUCCGUUACAUUGUUUAUAUGAAAACACAUCCUUUGCCAAAGAUCUCAAUGAUCAUAAAGGAUUACAAAAGUUUCAUAAGUAUAUGAAAGAAGCAAUAGAAUUUUUAGUAGAUAAUGGAUGUAAUAUUAAUGCUAUGGAUCAUGGUAGACAAACAUUAUUAUCGUACUAUUUAUCUGACAGAUUUAGACACAAAGAGACCACACCGAUUAUUUUGACCUUACUAAAAAAAGGAGCAGACCCAAAUAUUCCAUCAAAAGUAACAAUAGCAUCAUAUAAUGCACCUAAUGCAUUGUUUUUGGCCGUAAAGAUUGGUUGGUCAAUCGAAGUUCUUGAUGCACUAUUGAAUCGAGGAGCAAGAGUUGACAUAAAAGAUGAUAAUGGUGAUAAUCUGUUAGUAUUAGCUGCUAAAGAAAAACAGUCUGAUUCAAAAAAACCGUUUGAUACAAUUAAUUGGAUAUUAGAGACAAUCCCUGAAGCUAGUACUAGAGACUGUGUAGAAGCUGCUAUGAAGAUCUUAGAUAGAAAAUACAGAAAUAAACUUUCUAAAUGGAAAGGAUCUGAUGGUGAGAGUAGACGACGAUUAGUUCAAGAAAAUUUAGAACUCAAAAAGCAGUUAAGAACAGAAACCGAAUCUUCAAAGGAACAAGAAAGUGUAUCUGAUUAA